CGGCACGAGGCAGAAACAUUUUUGAUAUACCCCCGGUAUUUUGGCACAGGCUGCGCACGCAUUCCGUUGUAAUCGUUUUGAUUUCAAUGGAUUUUAGUUUACGUCUGGCUGUGGUGCGUUAGGUUCGGAGCUGCGAGGCCCGUCUUUGUUUUUUUUUUCGUGCGUUUUGAACUGUCGUUACCAUGUAUAAAAUCUGCGUCCGUUUCGUGAGGUGACAUCCUUAAAAUCCGACCAUGAGUUCCAGUGACAAUUCACGGGAGUGGUUCUUCGUGGAGGAUCCCGGCAACGAGGUGUGUAGGAAAAAUAAACUGAAGGAUACUGUGAGCAGCUCAGAGGGCUCCAGCGUGUACGAUCCCAGAAAAUGGCUUUUCCGCGUAAGGGCGCCAGAAUUGAAACCGGACGAGGCUUUGUGCGUGGUCGGAAACAUCAUCGAGUUGGGCAGAUGGAACCCAGAGAAGGGUUAUCUCUUAGAAAGGGAGGACGACUCGGACGUAUGGUCAUCAACAGUUCAGGUACCUUUGAUCUCUAGAAUUGAAUAUAGGUACUGUGUUGUUGUGGUCAUUGAGAAAGGCAUGCAAGUAAUUGUGAGGAACUGGGAAGCUGGCGUCAAACCUCGAGUUAUCCUACAGUCAGACACUGUCCCAACUAACAAGGAUGAGCCAUCUCUUUAUGGGCAAUAUGAAGACAUCUACCAGAUAGAUAGAGGUUGGUUAAUAAAGGAAACAAUGGUACAACUGAAGCUAUGCAACUCACCUCUAACUCUAUUUAAACCAAAGUAUAACAACAGAGCAAUAUUUAUUAAAGUAACCCCAGUUAAUUUAUUAAAGCACAAUACUAACAUACCAAAGACCAUGUCAGAGGCCUUAGAAGAAUCCCUAAGUGCCGAAACGCAAGACCAACUUGAAAAUCCAAAGCACGCGUACACGGAAGUUGCCAGUUUAAUCAGUGAAGAUCCAAUAUUCAAGCCGCAAAAUCAAUUUGGUCACGAGUACAAGAGCGAUGACUUGCUAAUAUUCCAGUCAUCAGUCUUGUUCCCCUCAAACACAGCCUACCUCAUUGAUUUGUAUGUGUACAGUUCAUCAGCCCAUGAAGGUGAACCACCAUAUCAUGCAGGGUUCAGUUACUUGUUGCCCACAGUUUUGCAAGGGUCUGAGGGCAAAGUCACACUACCAGUUACCAGUACAAAGCACAGGCCGUUGGGCCAGAUCACUUUGGAGUACCUGGUGAUCAGUCCAAUGACCAACUUCAAAUGUGAUAUGAGCGUGACCUACGAGAGACACUGGAAGAAGGGUCGUCAGUCGUUGGACGUGGGACAUCGAGGAUCAGGGUCUAGUUUUAAGGUGGAGACGAAGAAUUGCGCCGAAGUUAGGGAGAAUACGAUCGCCAGCUUGAGGAACGCCAUCAACCACGGCGCCGACUUCGUCGAGUUCGACGUCCAGUUGAGCAAAGAUUUAGUUCCUAUUAUCUACCACGAUUUCCACAUCUGUAUUUCAAUGAAAAAGAAGAAGGACCUAAUCGACGGGGACAUGCUCGAGAUACCAGUCAAGGAACUCACCUACGACCAACUGAGGCUUCUCAAGGUUUACCAUCUGUCCGAGGGGAAAUCGAUGAAUCCCCGGUACUUCAACCAGGACGAACAGGAGGAGCACCAACCUUUCCCCACCCUGCAACAGGCGUUGGAGGUGCUCAACCCCCACGUGGGCUUCAACAUCGAAAUCAAAUGGACCAUGCAAAUGGCGGACGGCACGUACGAGCUGUACCACCCGUACGACCUCAACCUCUACUUGGACACGAUCCUGGAAGUGGUGCUCAGGUACGGCAAGAGCCGAAGAAUAGUCUUCAGUUGCUUUAACCCUGACAUAUGUCAGGUGAUCAGGCUGAAGCAGAACAAAUAUCCGGUGGUGUUCUUGACGGUGGGCGAGAGUGAGAUCUAUGACAAGUACGCCGAUCCGCGUUGCUGGUCAAUCAAAUCGGCCGCCCAGUACUCGAUCAUGAGUGAACUGCUGGGCAUUAACGUGCACACCGAGGACUUGCUACGCGACGCCUCGCUGAUAAAAUACGCCCACGAAUCGAAUCUAGUCAUUUUCUGCUGGGGCGACGCCAACGCGGACCCGGCCACCAUCAAAUACCUAAAACAGCUCGGCGUGCACGGCGUAAUAUUCGACAAGAUCUACCAGUACUCCAGCAAGGACGUGAAGGAGAGCGUCUUCAUGGUGGAGGCGCGCGAAUCGCAGAAGGACCUGAUCAGGAUGGUGGCCGCCUCGGCCGAAACGCAGUCAAUCCCGCCCCAGCACACGUUCAAGGACAUCAUAUUGGACGUGGACUCGGCACGCAAGAACAUGGUGCAAAACCUGUCGACGGCCACGUCGCUGGAAAGUUUGGAGACCCAGAUCGGCGACUAUCGCACCAGCUAGCCGACGUGGAGCUGGGGCGGUGUGUUCAGGAAGUUCAUCGGCCAUUUGGUCGGUGCCGUUCUGAUAGUGAAAGUGUGGGAAUAUUUUUGCGGCCGUACUGAAAGUCCCAGUAACAUUUGAUUGUUUGUUUCGAAAGUCCUCGAGCCUUAGGCCUAAGAUUAGUUUAAAAUAGAUUAUCUAGUCUGUAUUAUGUACUUUACUUAUCUACAUAGCAAUAAACAUGUUUGCCAGUCAAAUCCAAGUUUUCAGGACAAAUGCUGGGAUUUCAAGUACGCACCCAUUGUUUUAUUUUUUUUUAAUUAUAUAAUAGUAAAAUUCGGGCGUUUGUGAUAAUGUAAUUUUGUAAUUGGUGUGUAUUAAAUCAUCUGGUUUUAAAUUCAAUUUUUUUUAAAAUAAAAUAUAAAUUAAUUUUAUUACGUAAUUGUUUUGGACGACAAUAUUACGUGCCUUAAAAUUAUUUAUUUACUCAUUUUUUUCAUUGAUUAUACUCUCAAUUAAAAUUUUGUCUAUUUAAUAAAUAAUUUUUAUUUUA